AUGGCUCCCCGAUCUCCCACCCAAGCCUUCGAUCCUACCCCAGCGCUCGAGCAUGACCCAGAAAACUUUUCUCCUCUCAAUCAAACCCGUACAAUGAGCUCGUCCCUUGAAUUCAGGGCGGUGCGCUUCUCAGAUCCUCCCACGAUGCCAGCCAAAGGCCGUCACUCGAUAGCCGGCACAAAUGUGCCACUACUCCCCCCAAUAUCUUCUGCGAGUCAACUGCCGAAGCAUGGUUUUCAAAUGACCAAUCCCACGCCUGAAGUGGACAUCACGGCCUAUAUGGAGCAAUGCCGGUUGUGGAAUACGCAGCUCAGACAAUCUCACGAAAGCGAGCGAAAAGCCUGGGAUAUUGAACGGACCGCUCUCAAAGCACGGAUAGCCGAAUUGGAGCGAAAACUCAACAAGAACAGAGACCCUAAGAGGAGAUCAAGCAACGACUCGUCGGCGACAAGUCUUCGCUCGUUCAAAACGGACUUUCAACCUUUUGGUAUCAAUGGCAAACACCGCUCUCGCAUCUCUCCCGAACCCACCAUUGCAGAACCACCAGUCUGGCGAGGUCCCGAAUCCACUCCUCCGGUAACCAGGGUGUUUGCCAGCGAGGACGAAGUGUCCCAUCUCCCAAGCAUUUCCGAGGAUGAAGCCCUGCCUCCCUUGUCCAAGGAGGUCUCACCCACCUCUGGCGGCCAAGAGAAUAUCCCGAUACCGAUCGAACAGGUCGACAAAACCCUGGACGGCAUUACCCUCAAGUCGGCGGCCUUGACCUCGUCGUUCGACAAGGAGAUCACCAGUCCGCAGUUUGCUAGUCCCGCGCUGUCCCCUGUACCACAACCUACCAAAGAGGACUCUCUCAGACUGGACGUCAACUCUCUCAUCUCGCCGCUGGAUGAAAAGUUGAAGCGACAUGCCGGACACACACCCAUGGCUUUUGAUGGCACCCUUUCCUCGGACGCUGCGAGCAACUCUGACUCUUACUUUUCGUUCACUUCCGCCCCCAACGACAAGGAAAAGGAGAAUCAGAUUAUAGAAGAGCUGCCGGAGCUGGAGCCGGUUUAUGAGACACAUGAUGAUCCUUCUCUACGAGGACCACUCAUGCUGGACCCCAACGCUAAGACGGUGGAAUCGGCUGCAUUCUUGAAUAUUCUCGAUGGUAGACUCAUUGAGGAGAAACAACACCAGGACAAGGCCGAGUCCAGUCUGUCAAGCGGCAACGACGAGCACACCGUAAGCGAGCAACCAAGAGAAUCUUCUGCUAAUGACGAUGACAUGCCAAGGUUAAGAAUGAGAAAUAGCGUCAACUUUGGUAGUGCAUGGGGUCGCAUGUAG